AUAAAGAUCGACUUCUUCGGCUGUGGCUUGAACGUGAACUCCUUCAUUCUUCUCAUCAUCUCAUCAACGGUAAGCAUUUAGAAUCAUGCCUCCCGUCUACUAUCUCAACCCACCACCGAAUCCCUUCUGGGACUUCGUUGCCAACAUGGAAGACCAUCCGUUCUUCGCUCAACACGGCCAUCAAGGCCCUCCUCCACCACCACCACCAUUGGACGGUCCUCACCCAGGACCUGAAAGGCACGAUGCUCACGCACGUGGUCAUGGGCCACACGCAUUUGGCGGUCCACGCGGUGGCCGCGGAGGAGGAUGCGGAAGAGGCCGCCAUGGAGGUCGUGGUGGUCCCCACGCAAGAGGAGGACCGCCACACGGAAGCCCCUUUGGGCGUCGCGGCCCGGGCGGUUUCCCUCGUGGCCCAGGUGGCUUUGAUGUCGGCUCAUUCUUGAACAAUCUCGGAGAGCGCAUCGGCAUUGACCUCUCCUCCGCAGCAGAGGGCUUCGGCUUUGAUGCUGGCAAGGCCGCUCGCUCCAACGACGUCGACUUCGAACCAAGAACCGACAUCUUCGACACCGAGUCGCACUACACAAUCCACCUCUCUCUUCCCGGUGCCAAGAAAUCCGACGUUGGCGUGGACUAUGAUGGUGAGAAAUCUGUCUUGCGUGUCGCCGGUGUCGUCCACCGCCCAGGCAUCGACGAAGAAAUGAUGACCAGCCUCGUCAUCGACGGGCGCAAGCGCGAGACUGGCGUCUUUGAGAAGAACAUUCGUCUCGGCACCCAGAACGAUCCCGCAAGCAUUGACGUCCAAGGUAUCACUGCCAAGAUGAUCGACGGCGUUCUCGUCGUGCGCGUGCCCAAGACCGAGAAGACCUUCGAACGCAAGUCCGUCAAUGUCUCUUCGUCGCCUGAGAUCAUCAGCGACGAAACCGAAGACGCAUACGAACAGGGCAAUGAGAAGGAUUUGCUCUUCGACGCUGAAGACCAGGCCGGAGAUGAAGAAAUGCACGAACACGAACACCCUGCUUCGCCAUCAAACCAGCCAUAUCCAUCCAAGGCUUCCAUGAGCAACGCCAGCGCUGGCAGCAGCAAGGGCAAAGCCAAGGAGCGAGAAGCCGAGCGCGAACGUUCAAACACAGUCGACUUCGAGCAUUCCAAUGCCACGACCGAGACUUUGCCUCGCUACGAAGUCCAAGAACAACAACCACCAGCUCACGACGCCGAGAUGAGCGACUGGGAGAAGGAAGGCUCUGGAGAGGAGGGUGAGUACGUCAAGAUCAAUGUCGACUAAGGGACAUAAGAUGUCCCCUUCUGAGUCGACAUCGGCGAUU